UACAAGUCGGGUUGAGCGCAGGUCCCGAUCGAUUCAUCGCUUCUGAAAAGACGUGGAGCGAAUAGCCUCCGUCGACGAGCGGCAACGAAGGACCGUCGCUCCCAUCCCGACAAAGAAACAGCGAGCGUAUUUUCGAUUUUUAAAAAGUAAAUAUGGCGCUAGACUUUGCGGCUACCUACAAGGUGCUCGUUUUAGGAGAUUCGAACGUUGGCAAAACUUGCAUAGUUCAUCGCUAUUGCGACGAGCGAUACUAUGACACUUACAUAUCAACCAUAGGUAUCGACUUCAAACAAAAAAUUAUCAAUUUAGAUGGUACUCCGAUUAAACUCCAAAUAUGGGACACCGCUGGCCAAGAAAGGUUCAGAACUCUUACGACGGCCUAUUACCGUGGAGCGAUGGGCAUUCUUUUGAUGUACGACGUUACUAGCAUGGAAAGUUUCAAUCAUCUUUCGUAUUGGCUUCGUAAUAUCCAAGAGAAUGCCUCGCCAGACGUAGUAAAAGUAUUGGCAGCUAAUAAAUGUGACGCGACAACUCACAGAGCAGUUGAUGCUGUCAGAGGAAAUAAAAUUGCUGAAAAUUUCGAUAUGCCGUUUUUCGAGGUUUCCUGCAAAGAAAAUAUAAACAUCGAAGAAGCGUUCUUAACUCUAGCAAGGAGAAUACGAGAACAACGGGGUCGUCGAGCAAGCCUAUUCGAAGCUUCGGAAAGGGAAGGAUCAAAUGCAGUGAUAACAGCUCAGUCACCGUCGCAGCAAGGCGAUGCCUGGCGUUGCACGUGUUAGCCUGGGGCUUGAUAUUAUCUGACUGCUGGGUCUUUAGUGACAGCUAUAUGAGGCUCCUUGAAAAAAGUGGUAUGGUUUUAUAAUGCAAAGCUCAGCGAUAUUAUGAUAUUUAAAUGAUAUAAAAAGUAUUGAAGUAUUCAAAGUAUUAAGGUCUUAAUCUUAGGAACGUUCGUUCAUUCCUAAUUUUUAAGACUUAUAGAAAAAC